CUGCGGAAGCCGCUGCUGCAUGUAAACAAAGCGGAGUUAGCAGCAGCUGCUCUGAUGGACACAGACCGACCUUAAUCGGAUAGCCGGUGACUGAGGUUCGGUUUGUUCGUGUGUGUGAUGGAGCUCCGCGGUGACUGAACCGGAACCGGCAACAUGUCCAUGGAAGACCCGUUCUUCGUCGUCAAAGGUGAGGUGCAGAAGGCAGUGAAUGCAGCCCAGAGCCUCCAUCACAGAUGGCGUGAGCUGCUGCAGGAGGGGGGCGGAGCCUCCAAGGAGGAAAUGGACUGGACGACCAAUGAGCUGAGGAAUAGUCUGCGCUCCAUCGAGUGGGACCUGGAGGACCUUGACGAGACCAUCAGCAUCGUUGAGUCCAACCCAAAGAAGUUCAACCUGGACGCAGCCGAGCUGUCGAAGAGGAAAGCCUUCAUCACCAGCACCAGACACACUGUUAAGGAAAUGAAAGACCAGAUGUCGAGUCCAGCUGCUGCCUCAGUAGACAGAAAGAACAAACAGGUUCUGCUCGGUGAGCGUGGUGCUCAGGGUCCGAUCUGGCAGCCUGGUCCUGAUAAAUACAGCAGACUGGACCGUCAACUGCAGAACGCCAACUCGCAGUUUAUAGAGGAGCAGCAGGCCCAGCAGCAGCUGAUGACGGAGCAGCAGGAUGAACAGCUGGAGCUUGUAUCAGGAACAAUUGGAGUCCUGAAGAACAUGUCGGAGAGGAUCGGCAUGGAGCUGGAUGAACAGGCCGUGAUGCUGGAUGACUUCACUCAUGAGGUGGACAACACUCAGUCCAGGUUGGACAACGUCAUGAAGAAACUGGCCAAAGUGUCUCACAUGACCAGCGAUCGUCGUCAGUGGUGUGCGAUCGGAGUGUUGCUCGCAAUUCUCUUCGUUGUCAUCCUUCUCUUCUUCAUCCUGUGAUUGAUGCCUCCCUUCUGUCAGCACGGAGUACGUCUUAAAUCUGCAUCUACUGGACCCUACCGGACUCUACUGAGCUCUUCUGGACCCUACCGGACUCUACUGAACUCUUCUAGACCCUACUGGACUCUACUGAACUCUUCUUGACCCUACCCGACUCUACUAAACUCUUCUGGACCCUACCGGACUCUACUGAACUCUUCUGGACCCUACCAGACUCUGCUGAACUCUUCUGAACUCUACUGGACUCUGAUGGCUCACUUUGUGUGAAACCAUGAAACAAAAGCAGAAACAGUUCAGUCCAGUAAAGUCCUGGUCCUGAAGCAGCUGGACUGAAGGCACUUCGGACGACCAUUCUGGGAUUUAAAGGUUUUAAUCAAUGACCCAUGUCAUACUAAGGGCAGGUAACACACCUGAGGACAGGUAACACCUGAGGACAGGUAACACACCUGAGGGGCCAAUCAGGCUUCGGGAGAAAUAGAAAGAGACUGAAGCUUUAAUGUAGUUUAACAUCAACACAAUCUUCAGAUUAGUCCCAGUUUAAUCCCAGUUUUAUUCCAGUUUCAUCCCAGUGUAACUCCAGUGUAAUCCCAGUUAAAAUCCAGUUUGAUACCAGUUUAAUGCCAGUUUAAAUCAAGUUUAAUCCUAGUUAAAUCCCAGUUUAAUACCCAGAUUUAUACCCAGAUUUAUCCCAGUUCCCUGUUCAAUCCUAGUUCAACUCCAGUUCAAACCCAGUUUAAUCCCAGUUUAACUUCAUCUUUUUUUUUAAUGUGCAAAAUAAAAUUAAAUAAGCAAGUUUAUUGACUUUUUAAAUCUGGAAAUCAGUCUCUUUGUACCAGUUACCACUGGACCCUGCUGGACUAUACUGGACUCUGCUGGACUGUAAAGGCACUUCGGUUCUUUGAGUGUUAGACUGUUAGAGGUCAAAGGUCAAACCAGUUACAAACAUGUUAAAUGUGUUUUAAUGUUUGUUUUAUUUUAAGGGCUGAACAUCACCAUUUAACUACAGUUUAAUCCCAGUUUUACUUCAGUUUAGUUCCAGUUUAAUCCUAGUUUCACUCCAGUUUAAUCCCAGUGUAACUCCAGUGUAAUCCCAGUUUAACUCCAGUUAAUUCCAGUUUAACUCCAUUUUAACUCCAGUGUAAUCCCAGUCUAACUCCAGUUAACCCCAGUUUAACUCCAGUUUAAUCCCAGUGUAAUCCCAGUUUAAAGUACGGGUGAUGUAAAGUCAGAGGUCUGUUUCUGAGCAUGUUAAUGAUGCGUGAACUGGAUCAAACUGGUUUUCACGGUUUCUGUGUUUCUGAGUCUGUGGGCGGAGCUAAAAUGAUCCCACCCACCUGACCCCUCUGUGGGCGGGGUUCAUUGUCUCAGUGAAUUAUUUGAGUCAUUAUCAUAAAUCCGCCUCCGCACGAUAUAAUCACUACAGCAGGUAGCAUCACUUCUUCAGUCCGAGUUACAGCGCUCAUCGUUACAUUGUUUUUCUGUCACUUGACAAACUCAGAAAACCUGGAUUUUAAAUAAACAUCAAUCAAUCAAUUCAAUCAAUCAAUUUUAUUUAUAAAGCCCAAUAUCACAAAUCACAAUUUGCCUCACAGGGCUUUACAGCAUACGACAUCCCUCUGUCCUUAAGACCCUCACAGCGGAUAAGGAAAAACUCCCCAAAAAAACCCUUUAACGGGGAAAAAACGGUAGAAACCUCAGGAAGAGCAACUGAGGAGGGAUCCCUGAGUCUGGAUGUUAAUCACAGUUUAACUCCAGUUUAACUUUGAUGUAAUUCAGGGUUCUGGUCGGAGUUUGUUUCUUAGGGCGGGGUUUGUGAUUGUGGAAAAUAACACUAAACUUUAUGUUUUUGUUUACAGUUUGUGUUUGUUUUACUGACUGAAUAUUUUUGUUUUGAUGUUGUUUUCCUGAACUGUUUAUUUUACUGCUUUUAUUUUGAAGUCCUGAAUCAGCACAUUGAUCAGUGGGAACUUCCUGCUGCAGCUGCUUCACAAUAAAGGCUUUUCACCAGUGAAACUCUGGAAGGCUUUUACUGUGAAGCAGCUGCAGGAAGUGCAUCCUGAAGGUUAGCGUCCGUUUGAUCCGGUGACAGCAGCCAAUCACAUCAGAGUUAUGGUACGCGUGGCAGUGAAACGUCACAGUGAUGACACGUAUUUCCUGUUAAAGACACAGUGUUCAGAGCUCAUCCAAUAAAAAUCUAUAUCAGA